GAGUUUGAGUAUGCAUAUUCUGCUUUAGGAAAAUCUUAUCAACGGCAACCCUGGUUAACAUUGCGAUUACGAAAAUAAAUACACUUGCAUUAAGUCAUCCAUUGCAAUAGCAGAUCUAUAAUUUCAUAGAGUUUCGGAACUUAAAUACAGAACUUAGAAUUAAUUACAAAUUUCAUCCCAUUAGGGAAAACUCGGUGCGAAUAUAUUUGACAAAGAUAUAUGUGAACGUGUGUAUGUAUAAUUCUAUACCACAGUGAAUGUUUUGCUAAUCUGUAUCGCGGCAAUAUCAGUAAGAAUGCCUAAGUUCUAUAAAGUUGACAUUAAUCGAACCGAGUGGGAAAUACCACAACUUUAUCAGCAAUUGCAGCCAGUUGGUUCCGGAGCAUACGGGCAAGUGUGUAAAGCUCUUGUCCAGGGCACAAAUAUGCAUGUGGCCAUUAAGAAACUGGCACGACCCUUUCAAUCGGCCGUGCAUGCCAAACGUACUUAUCGCGAGCUGCGCUUACUGAAGCAUAUGGAUCAUGAUAAUGUCAUUGGUUUAUUGGAUGUAUUCCAUCCCCAUCCAGUGAAUGUAACACUUGAAAACUUUCAACAGGUGUACUUAGUAACACAUCUAAUGGAUGCCGAUUUAAAUAACAUAAUAAGAACACAACGACUAUCAGAUGAUCACGUUCAGUUCCUGGUAUAUCAAAUACUUCGAGGACUCAAGUAUAUUCAUAGCGCAGGGAUAAUUCAUCGUGAUUUAAAGCCGUCCAAUAUUGCCGUAAAUGAAGACUGUGAAUUGCGAAUUUUAGAUUUUGGCUUAGCACGUCCAACAGAAAGUGAAAUGACUGGGUAUGUGGCAACAAGGUGGUAUCGUGCACCGGAAAUUAUGUUAAAUUGGAUGCACUACAAUCAGACCGUAGAUAUUUGGUCAGUCGGCUGUAUUAUGGCAGAAUUACUUACAGGGCGCACUUUAUUUCCCGGUACUGAUCAUAUACAUCAGUUAAAUCUUAUAAUGGAAAUACUGGGUACACCUCCUGAUGAUUUUAUGAAAAAAAUUUCUUCAGAGAGCGCACGUGGUUAUAUCAAGUCAUUGCCCCCCAUGAAGCGACGCAAUUUUAAAGAAGUGUUUAAAGGUGCUAAUCCACUAGCCAUUGAUUUGCUAGAGAAAAUGUUGGAACUAGAUUCGGAAAAACGCAUUACUGCUGAGCAAGCGUUAGCCCACCCAUAUAUGGAAAAGUAUUCUGAACCAAGCGAUGAGCAGACAUCACCAUUAUAUGAUCAAAGUUUCGAGGAUAUGGAUUUGUCAGUAGAGAAAUGGAAGGAAUUAGUGUUCAAUGAAGUUAUAAACUUUAAACCGCCGACUUCAUUUACUCAAAUACUACAGCAAAUUAAAUAAACGCGAGUUUAGAAAAAGUGGCUUUAUAAACGCAUUAAUACAAAGCAUCCAUUUGUUAUUUCAAAAAUUAUAUGAUGUGAUAUUUUUAGAGAGUUUACAGUUUUAUGCCGCCUCUGUAGAGCAUGACAUGUGUACAUGCCUGCCGAGUCGAAAAUAUAUCAUCUGCUGUUUCAUGUGCACAUUAUGUAUCGAAACCGGUACCAACCGAAUGGUUGGUGUUCACCCCUCUAAUAGGGUGGCCGUAAAUUUCCAACUAAGUUGCAUAAAUUAGAAAUGUUCAUGUAUUAAAGGUUAAUGCAUUAAUGCGCUUAUGAAGCCACCGACAGUGUACAUAUAUACUUAUAUGCUCAAAUCGUAUUGAAAGCUAAAUAUCAUAUAAGCUUGUAAUGAGGCAAAUAUAGGUUUUGUAAAUGAAACCAAAUGCGUUUAAGUAUUCAUAUGUAUUAUAAUUUGAAGUUGUUCAAAAUAACUAAUGUUUUAGUCAAUUUGUAUAAAUAUAUACAUAUACAAAACUUGAAUGUUUCAGUCCCAGUGCCUUAUA